AGGUGGCACCUUCCGGGCUCGCCCCGGCUCUGGUCCAGUGCUCAUUCAGGUACUUAACACCCUGGAGACCCGGACCUCGGCUUUCAAAGCGGCCUGGGUGGGAAGAGCUGUUUAUAUAAACAGAGACUCCGCUGUAAAUGCGCUAAUAUCCCGGCUGCCAGCGCAUGGCGAGCGCCUCCCACGCCCAUCCGUAGGAGCGGCGUCCCGGCCGCCCCUCCGUUCCCAGCCUGCCCUGCCCCCGCCUCCUUCCCCUCCUCGGCCAUGGCCACCUCUGGACGCCUGAGCUUCACCGUGCGCAGCCUUCUAGAUUUACCCGAGCAGGACGCGCAACACCUGCCGAGGCGGGAGCCAGAACCACGCGCCCCCCAGCCCGACCCCUGCGCCGCCUGGCUGGAUUCGGAGCGCGGCCACUACCCUUCCUCGGACGAGAGCAGCCUGGAGACCAGCCCGCCAGACUCGUCGCAGCGGCCGUCCGCUAGGCCCGCGUCUCCGGGCUCGGACGCCGAGAAAAGGAAGAAGCGGCGGGUGCUAUUCUCCAAGGCGCAGACGCUGGAGUUGGAGCGGCGCUUCCGGCAGCAGCGGUACCUGUCUGCGCCCGAGCGCGAGCAGCUGGCGAGCCUGCUUCGCCUCACGCCCACGCAGGUCAAGAUCUGGUUCCAGAAUCAUCGCUACAAGCUGAAGCGCGCUCGCGCUCCAGGGGCGGCGGAGUCGCCUGACCUGGCAGCAUCCGCCGAGCUGCACGCCGCGCCCGGCCUGCUGCGUCGCGUGGUGGUGCCGGUGCUUGUUCGCGACGGGCAGCCGUGCGGCGGCGGCGGCGGUGGCGAGGUGAGAACCGCCGCGGCCCAGGACAAGUGCGGCGCCCCUCCAGCCGCCGCCUGCCCUCUGCCGGGCUACCCUGCCUUCGGUCCCGGCUCGGCGCUUGGCCUCUUCCCCGCCUACCAGCACUUAGCAUCCCCCGCCCUGGUCUCCUGGAACUGGUGAGGCCGCCGGGCGGCACCUGGGGCUACCCUCGACUUUGGAGCGCGCUCUGCGAUUGGAGCAGGGCCGGAGCCGAACGCCUGGAACGCUCUCCGUCCGCCUCCCUGCAGCCCCAUCUCCUUGGGUGCCAGGGUCCCUGGCGCGCCCUCAUCAGCCGUCGCGCAAGCACACACGAGGGACGUGUGCCAGAGCCCCCUCCCUCAGCUUCCCUCCACCGCCAGCCCCAGAGUUAGAUUUUAUGCUUGGGCCUUAUUUGUAUAUUUUUAAAUAGCGAUUUGUAUGGGAAGCAAGUUAUUUUUUUAAAAAAUAGAGUAUUUUUCCUCGUAGUUCGAGAAUAAAAUGUGUGGGGUUGGGUCCCCUGCGCGCCUGCGGGGAACGUAGGCGGGAGUCGUGCCCCCCAGACCGGUGUUCGCAUCGCUGGCUCGCCCCUUGACUGGCUAAGUGGGGCCCGGCCCCAGCUGGAUCGAAGGGCGGGUUGCAGUCCCGACACGGCUUUAGGAAGAUACCUGGGGGAUGGAGGGGUGGUGAUGUCAGGGUUGGGCGCGGGAAGAAAAGGAGAGGAGGAAGCUGAGGCAACUUUGGGAUUCUUGUCAGCGGGAGGCGUCACUGGCCCCAGAGUGACUCCGACUCUCCGCUGGGCUCCCCGAGCUGCUGGCGUUUCGAAUACCGAAAAGUCAACCCUGUGGACCACGACAGGGCAGAAGGAGUUUCUCCGGAGAUGAGCCGGCGAGGCCAGGUGCGGGGCGCGCUGCACCGGAGCAGCCCAGGCCUGGCCGCAAGCUGUUCCAGAGUGCAGGAGCCAAGUGCUCGGGAACCCUUUGAAAAGUGCCUGAGGACCUGAAGAGCACCGGGGAAUUUGUAACCCCUAUUUAAGCCUGCAAGUUCCUAAGUUAGCUGUGAUUUCCUGUCUCCUCAUGGCGCAGUACCUGGCCAGGGUGGGGAGGAGGACGUGAAGACAUCAAAGGGUCGGGGGAACGACCGGCACAGGGCUUUUCCUCUGGGCAGAUCCAGGAGGACGCGACUCCCAGCUGAGGGAGGGCCGCCUGGGGGAGCCUUGGGAAUCCGAGAUUGGGGCAGGUUCACCCCGGCCAGUGCACACUAGCACCCCUUGGGUUUGUAACUGCCCCGCUAGGGCCUCCUGUGCAAGCAGUCACUUUCUCACAGAAGCGACGACCUCGCUCCCAGGCACCACUGCUGGGAGAUGCGCCAGAGGAGAGCAGUUGGGGCAUCAGGUGCGGGGAAGGGAGCCAAGGGCCCUUAUGGAGGUCUCUAAGGAGGAGUCAUGGGCCUGUUAGGGGCUCUAGCUUUCUUGUCCAAGGAGGAAGAAGGGGAGGAUGAAGGGUGGCUGAGGCAGUGUUAUCACCUGGGAUUUUGGGGGGUGGAGAA